UGGGGCAUGGCGGGGACCGUUCUCCAUCCUGCAGAUGGCUGGUGGGAUCUUCUCGCCGCUGGGGAGCUGCUCGGAGCUGGAGAAAGCCAACUGCCACCCGCUGGUCUGCCUGCUGUGCCACGAGCCCUACCAGCACCCCUGCCUGCUCGACUGCUACCACAACUUCUGCGCCAGCUGCCUGCGGGGCCGCGCCAGUGACAGCCGCCUGCACUGCCCGCUCUGUGGUCACCCCUCGGUGGUGAGGGGGGGCACGGGGCUGCCCCCCGUGGAUCGGCUCCUGCAGUUCCUGGUGGACAGCUCGGCCGACAGCGAGGAGGACGUUCAAUGCGCCAACUGCGACCGGCACGGCACCAAGGCGGUGAGGGCAGCGGGGCGGCCAGGGCUGGUAGGGGACCCUCACCGGGACCGCGCCGGCUACCAGCUGUCCCCUGUGCCCACGCAGGAACUGGACACCAUGUACUUCUGCAACACCUGCGGGCAGCCUCUCUGCGCCCCGUGCCGCGAGGAGACCCACCGCGCCAAGAUGUUCGCCCGCCAUGAGAUCGUCUCCCUCUCCAAGCGCACCAAGGACAUCCACAAGAAGUGCCCGCUGCACGAGGAGCCCUACAUCAUGUUCUCCACCGAGAAGAAGUCCAUGCUCUGCAUCAACUGCUUCAGGGACAUGCAGGGGGAGAGCCGGGCGCACUGCAUCGACAUCGAGACGGCGUACAUGCAGGGCUGCCAGCGGCUGGACCAGGCGGUGAUGGCUGUGAAGGAGCUGCAGACGUCCACGCGUGAGGCCAUCGUCCUCCUCAAGGCCAUGAUCGAGGAGGUGCACAACAGUGCCAGCGAGGAAGAGGCGGCCAUCAACUCCCUCUUCAGCCGCAUGCAGGAGCAACUCUCUGAGAGGAAGAAGACGCUCCUGAAAGCCGUGCAGAGCCAGCACGAGGAGAAGGAGAAGGCGUUCAAGGAGCAACUCGCCCACCUCGCCUCCCUGCUGCCCACCCUGCAGAUCCACCUGGUGACCUGUUCGGCUUUCCUGAGCUCCGCCAACAAAGCUGAGUUCCUGGACCUGGGCUACCAACUGAUGGAGAGGCUGCAGAGGAUUGUGAAGCUGCCGCAUCGCCUGCGGCCGGCGCAGACCAGCAAGAUCAACAGCGAGUACCGGGCAGAAUUCGCCCGCUGCCUGGAGCCCCUGCUGAUGCUCAGCCCUCGCCGCUCCAUGGUGGGCAGCGCCAGCGGCAUCGGCCCUGGCAUCACCGGCGCCAACAUGCUCCCCAGCGGCCAAUGCUCCAAGACCCUGAUGGUGCCCAGCUGCCCUCCUGCCAGCAAUAAAAUGUCCACCAGCCCCAUAGUGCGGAAGCCGACGAUGCACCGGUACAUCAGCACCAAGGUCCUGCUGGCCGAGGGGCGCGAGACGCCCUUUGCUGAGCAUUGCCGCAACUACGAGAACACCUACCGGAUGCUGCAGACGGAGAUCCAGGGCCUGAAGGACCAAGUGCAGGAGCUGCACCGUGACCUCACCAAGCACCACUCACUCAUCAAGACGGAAAUCAUGAGUGAGAUCCUGCAGAAGUCUCUGCAGAUGGACGUGCAGAUCGCAGCUCACUACUCUGCUGUGGAGAUGAUGCGCAGUGUCUUCGAGGAGGUCUGGGAGGAGACGUACCAGCGGGUGGCAAAUGAGCAGGAGAUCUAUGAAGCCCAGCUCCACGACCUGCUGCAGCUGAGGCAGGAGAACAGCUGCCUCACCACCAUCACCAAGCAGAUCGCGCCCUACGUCCGCUCCAUCGCCAAGGUGAAGGAGCGACUGGAGCCUAGGCUGCAGGAGCCCCGAGAGCCCAAGGAGGAGAAGGCACAGAUGCUGCUCAAGAUCUGUGAUGACAGUGAAGUGGCACCAAGGGUCACCUCACCCAGUGGCACGGAAGGGGCUCCAGGCAGCCCUGGGGACGGCUGCGUGCCUGGUGGCACCCCUGGAGACCCCUCCCCGAAAAGCAAAGACUGCUGCAGGGGCCACCAGAAAAGCGAGGCCGAAGGCACUGCCCGGAAAAAACUUGCACCAUAGAGCCCGACACUGAGCAAGAGCAAAGAGCUGUGCAAGAGCUGUGCCCUGGUUGUUGAUGGCUCCUCUUGCCUUGUACCAUGAGCGAAAGCAAGGAAACACAGCUCGGGCCCCCAGUGUCUGCAGCGUCUCAAGAGCUGAGCUGAGGGCAGUUCUGUUCGUCUGCAAAAAUUGUCUUUCCACUCUGCCUCUUGUGUGUUAGAAGUGAAAUAAACGGGCGCAAGCGUACAUGUCCACUUGGUUC